AUGGAGCUGCUGGACCCGGCGGCUUCUGGAGACGUGUGCAACGGCAGCACGCCGGAGGGGAAACCGAGUCCCUUCAACCCCGAGGUCCUAAACAUGACAGCCGAGGAGCUGCGCCUCCGAUACCUGGGACCCCGCCGGUCAGGUUUUUUCGUUCCCGUCUGCACCACCUACCUGCUGAUUUUUGUGGUGGGGGCCCUGGGCAACCUCGUGACCUGUCUGGUGAUCAUCCAGCACCGCUUCAUGAGGACGCCCACCAACUAUUACCUUUUCAGCCUGGCCAUCUCGGACCUCCUGGUGCUUCUGCUGGGCAUGCCGCUGGAGAUUUACGAGAUGUGGAGCAACUACCCCUUCCUCUUAGGGGCCGGAGGCUGCCGCUUUAAGACCCUGCUCUUCGAGGCCGUCUGCUUCGCCUCCAUCCUCAACGUGACGGCCCUCAGCGUGGAGCGCUACAUUGCUGUGGUCCACCCGCUCAAGGCGAAGUACGUGGUGACCAAAAACCACGCCCAGAAGGUGAUCGUCAUGGUGUGGGUCCUCUCCGUUGUCUGCUCCAUCCCGAACACCAGCCUACACGGGAUACAGACUCUCUACGUGCCCGGAUGGGGUGUGGUACCCGACUCGGACACCUGCACUCUGGUGAAGUCCCCCUUGAUCUACAACCUCCUCAUCCAGGUUACCACCGUCGUCUUCUUCUUCGUCCCCAUGGCCAUCAUCAGCGUCCUCUAUCUGCUCAUCGGCCUGCAGCUGCGGAAGGAGAAGCUUCUGGAGGCUCUGGAGGCCAAAUCGGGAAGCCGGUCCGACUACCACAACCUCCGUCUCCAGCAGAAGAAGGCUCGGCGGAGGCAGGUGACCAAUAUGUUGUUCGUGCUGGUGGUCGUGUUCGGCAUCUGCUGGGCCCCCUUCCACACUGACCGGCUGGUCUGGAGCUUCGUCACUCACUGGACUGACCGGAUGCAACACAUGUUCCAGUACAUUCACAUCAUCUCGGGGGUCUUCUUCUACCUGAGCUCGGCCGCCAACCCCGUCCUCUACAACCUGAUGUCCAGCCGCUUCCGUGAGAUGUUCAAGGACGUCAUGUGCCACCGACGCUUCCAGAAACUGGGCUCCCACAGGCGCUCGCCCAGCAGCGUACGCACCACCGUGCGCAGCACCGUUUUGGAGCCUCUCCCAGGCGGCCACGGGCUGCCCCUGUCUGACCCAGAGGACAACGAGGGGGACCUUGCAGGGGACAACGUAGACGAACGAGAAGACCCGUACCUCUGA